AUGAAAUCAUAUUUUUUACUAUCAUUCCUCGUCUGUGCGAAUUUCUUGAACAUUAAUGUGUGUCAGGCAAAUCAUUCGAAUAAUUGGGCAGUUCUGGUCGAUACGUCACGAUUUUGGUUCAAUUAUAGGCAUGUAGCAAACGUUUUGUCCAUUUACAGAAGUGUCAAACGUCUUGGUAUACCGGAUAGUCAGAUAAUAUUAAUGGUUGCUGAUGACAUGGCCUGUAACCCUCGCAAUCCCAGUCCUGCGACUGUCUUUAAUAAUGCUGACCAACAGCUCAAUGUCUACGGUGACGACGUUGAAGUCGAUUUUAGAGGCUAUGAGGUAACAGUUGAAAACUUUGUACGUUUAUUGACUGGUCGAUUACCUCCUGAUACACCUCGUUCAAAACAGUUGCUUACUGAUGAAGGUAGCAACAUCUUGAUAUACCUCACUGGCCAUGGCGGUGAUGGAUUUCUAAAGUUCCAAGAUUCUGAAGAAGUUACCAGCCAAGAGUUAGCCGACGCUCUUGAACAGAUGUGGCAGAAAAGAAGAUACCACGAAAUAUUUUUCAUGAUUGAUACUUGUCAAGCUUCAUCGAUGUAUGAAAAAUUUUAUUCACCUAACAUCCUUGCAAUGGCUAGUAGUUUAGUGGGUGAAGACUCUCUUUCGCAUCAUGUAGAUCCAGCGAUUGGAGUGUACAUAAUUGAUCGUUACACAUUUUAUGCUUUGAAAUUUUUAGAGAAUGUUAAACUGAAAAGUCGAAUUAGCAUGAAAAGUUUUCUGGGUGUUUGUCCUAAACAAGAUUGCAUUUCAACAGUGGGGGUCAGAAUAGACUUAUUUCACAGAGACCUCGCAAAAGUUCCAAUCACUGACUUUUUUGGAUCCGUUAGACCAGUCGAAUUGACAUUUGACUUUUUAGAUAUUUCAAAUACACCAUUAUAG